AUGGUCAACGAGACAGUCUGCUACAAGUGUGGCGAAACCUUUCACGACGAGGACGGCGUCCACGAGACCUUUCUCGCGCACUUCGAGACCAUGCACCCGGAAGUGACGCGGGCGGUUCACGAGUGCAGCGUUUGCAAAGCGUGCUUCUGGACUAAGAACGACCUCCGCUUUCACCGGCGGAAUGCGCAUGGUGUUAAUUUCUUGGACGAGUCGCGCAUGUUCUGGACGUAUACGCCGCCGUACUGGCUGGGGAAGUCGAAGUAUGAUGAUGAUGAGGAUGAGGACGAGGAUGAGGAUAGGGAUAAGAAUAAGGGGGAGGAGGAGGAGGAGGAGGAGGAGGAGGAGGAGGAGGAGGAGAGCGAGAGGGAAGAGAGUACCGAAGUGACGAGGCAGAUGAAUAAGAUGCAGGUUGAAACUGGGAAAGUCGGAGAAGGGAAAGUCGCAGAAGGGAAAGUCGGAGAAGGGAAAGUCGGAGGCAAGGUGGAAUGGGACACCAGCCAGGGGGAUGGAGCAGCGGGUAUGGGCGAGGGGGGUUGGGGCAAGGGGGGCAUCAACCACAAUGGGGACAAGCACAACAAGGGGGACAACAACAGCAUGGAGGAUGGAGCAGCGCUUAUGGGAUGGGGCGAGCGGGACAUCAACCACAAGGGGCACAAGCACAACAAAGGGGCCAUCAUCAACAAGGGGGACCAGCUCACCAAGGGGGACCAGCUUACCAAGGAGGACAUCAACAACAGGGAGGACAUCAACAAAAUAUGGGAUGGAGUAGCGCAUAUGGGAUGGGGCCAGGGGGACACCAACCGCAAGGAGGACAACAACAUCAAGCACAAGGAUGGAGUAGCACGUACGGGAUGGGCCAAGGGGGGCAUCAUCAACAACAACAACAACAAAAUCAACCACAUAGAGGACAGCAACAAAAUAUAG